UAAUUUGUAUUUGCGACGUAAAAUUACGUAGUAUUUAACAAAAUAGAGAAAUGACAAACGAUAAAGUUAUAACAAGAAGUUGCGGCACGUAAUAAAAGGAAAGAAAAAGAAACAGAAAAAAAAGUUAUUUACGCUAAGAUUUCUACGAAAAUCUAAGGCGCACUUCGAUUAUUGUUAUUAACAGAAAGAAGUUCGUAAAAUCGUGAGAGCGAUUGUAUUCGACGGCGUCUUUGUUUUUCUUUUUUUUUUCUUUUUUGUUCUCUCAAAGUGAUAUACAAACAAAUAUACAAUAAUAAAAUUCUUAUUUUCUUAUUAGAUACAUAGUUCUCUAAGUGUGCCGGUUGGUAACGCUGUUACACGAGAUACAAGGAGGUUAAAGUUUUGCGAAUCGACUGGGACAUCUAUAAUUUUGGCAAAAGAGAAGUUACCGCGGUGGUCUACGUCGCGAGAAUUGACGAUAGUGCAAACGAGUUCUCUCGAGUGAAAGAGUGACACUUCGUUCAUGUUCUCUAUGACUUGAUUUUUAUCAAUAAAUUGUUCUUAGUGUUUCGUUCGUAGAGUCGAACCGUGAGAAUGACAUAUUUCGUGAAAAAGGCACGUGGCAACGGUCGGACGAAGAGUGUUAAUUGUGAUCGUGGGUAGCAGCCGGCUAAGAAAUGGCAAUCUCUAGUUAUUUGAUCUGGACUCUACGCGCAAGCAGGUCUCAUCGAAGUCGGCGAGAUAACGAAGACAGUAGUGUGCAACUCGAUCUGUCAAGAGGAUUGAAAGAAAAUGUAAAAGAAGUGUUAACUAAUCUUUGUCAACGACAUAAUGUACCAAGUGUAAAGAAGCUAGCUUAUCUUAAUGCUAUUGUUAAAUUAAUUAGUGAAAAUGAUUUGUCUGAUUAUGGUUACUCCAUAGACGAUCUAUUUUGUUGUAUGCGUGUUGGUCUUGUACAAGAAGCAACCCAAGUACGUGCAGCAGCAUUACGAGCUGUAAGGUAUAUGCUUAAGAAGGAGCAAGAUGUUAUUGCUAUUAAUAAAUUGCAAUAUCCAUAUUUUGUGGCACGUAGUAUGGAUGUUAAUCUACGGAAUGAAAUGGAAAGAAUGCAGGCUCUUAGACUCGUUAGAAGAAUUUUAGCUUUAGCUCCUAAACAUUUCAGCCCUAUCUUAGCCAGAUCUCUUAUAAGUUUAACUAAUGGAGGCAUAGAGGAAAGAGAUCGUGCAUUCAGAGUAUUUUUAGCUACUCUCUGCGAGUUAGGAGUCUUAAAUUCAAAUUUGUUAAUAAGUUGUGGAGGAGUUAGCGCACUUGCGCGAGCAGCUAUGACUGGACAAAGCCCUUCGAUCGUCGAAUCUGUUGUGGGGGUUUUGUUAAAAUUAUUAAAUAAUCCUGAUACAAGAGGGAGCGUUUCCCUUUUAUGUUUCGCAGCACCAUAUUGUGAACUUCACUCUUCAAGCUCAGAAAGAACAAAAGAGGAACGAGAUCAAAAAUUCGCAGCAAGUAAGAUGGCAUUAUUGAGUAUACUACGCUCUUAUCCAGGUGUUUUACAUUUUUGCUGUCCUACUGAUAAUUCUGGCCUUAAAGCUAUAGCAGAUAUCUUAUACGUUGAACAACUUGAAGUUCGUGGAGCUGUUUUGGAAUUACUUUAUGAAUUAUUGGAUUUACCUCUGCCCACAUGGACUGACGAACCAGACGUUGCGUUGGCUGCAGUAGAUCCUGGCAGAACGCGAGAUUCGUGGAAACUAUCUGAAGGUUUUGUCGCAGCUGAGGGAAAAUUUAUAUUACCAUCUCUUUCAUCUUGUUGGCCAAAUAUAACAGAAAUACAUUUAGCAUUACUAGUGUACGCUUUAUUAGAAUGUGGGCUACACAGAGCACUCGCAGAAACAAUCGUUUCUUCGGAUACCUUUAUUUCCGUACGUGCAGCAGUACUAUUAGGAGCGUUACUACAUCUAGCACAUUCCCUGCUACCUUCAGAAGUUUGUGAUCUGACGCCACCUUUGCCAAACUUAUUGGAACAUGCAAGCGCUGGUAAACAUCAAGCGCUUGCCGCUGUAACCAUCUUAGGACGCAUGCAUACGAUGAUGCGUCGUCGACCAACACCUGCGAGUCUGUUUCUCGAUCGAAUGUUACGAGCUGGUAGUUGGUUGAGACCAACUUUGCCACGACGCCAACGACCGUCCAGUAGACAUUGGUUACGUAGGGAAUCUUCGACGACACCUUUAUUGAAAGACGCGCAAGUCUUAAGUUCUAAGGAUGCGCUGGCUUGGAACUGGCCUGUAGUACGAUCAAUCCUUCGCUCCCGCGAAGAUACGAUAAGAAUACUCCAUGAUUCUGACUACAGAUUGUUCAUCAAGAGACUCGUUCGUUAUUUCAAACCUUCAUCGAAUGCAUAUAGUAGAGUGGAAUUGGGAACAAAUGCUAUUUUAGCACGAGAAGCAACUUUAGCAGGCUGCGAAUUACUAAACUGUUUAUUAGAACUUCACGAGCCCGAAAGUACGAAACUGUUGAACGAAUUGAUCGUAGAUAUCGCGGAACAAAUCUCUUAUAUUCGUACUUCGCAAUCUGCACACGAUUGCUUAUUCUCACCACGUCACAUGUCUACAACGUGUUGUCAGAAAUAUUUCCUCUUUUUAGGACAACUGAGUCAUUCUGCAAAAGGAACCGUUAUCUUAAAAGAAUUCAAUUUACUAGAAAAAUUACAAGACUUGGCUCUAGCCACCAAUCAUGACUGUUAUGUGAAACUUAUUGUUUCAAGUUUAGAUUAUUCCAGAGAAGGACCUAAUAGGAAAGUUCUGAAUAAGAUUAUCGCCGAAUCAUCUUUAGAGAGUACACGUUUAUAUGCUACGCAAUUCCUACGAUUGAUACUCAGAGCAAAAAUGUCGGAUGCAUACCAUUGGGCAAUGACUUUAUUAACAGAAAAAUUAACGGACACUAGUAAGGUUGUAGCAUUGACUGCAUUAGAGGUAUUGCAUGAAGCGUGCGAAGAGACGGAAUAUUUAAAUAUUUUAUUGCAUCAAGAAGAACAUCAAGGGAACUGGGAUAAGUGGUUGCAACAUUUAGGAGAUAAAGGGUACUUAUUAAAAAUAAGACUUUAUUCUCUACACGAAGGUUUUUCAUGUCUGCCAUCACCUUCAGAAGAAUUAGAAAAAUGGAUUGGACCUGGAGGUUUUGCAGAGAGAUAUGUAGGCUUGGUGGAAGGUGAAAUACAUGACUCUCUGACUCGUCGUCAGAGAAACGAAAACGGAAGUUACCACAGAAGAACAACUAACGAAUUGAUAAUGCCUCGCAAUAUAUUUAUUUUACCUCAUUUGAUAGGCCAAAUAGUACGACAUGAUUUUGGAAUGCAAUUAUUGCUCCGGCAAAACGUAAUACAACAUUAUGCACGAAUCAUUCAAAGAUUUAGAAUAGAUUUGGGAGGUAGAGAUUCGGAAUCUAAUUCAAGAUGUACCAAAAGUAGUCGUUUAAUCGUGGAUGAUACUUACACUAUGUCAGAAGGGUCAUGUAUAGAUGAGUAUGUGGAAUCAAAUCGUUUAGAAACAAUUGUAGAUGCAGAGACUAUAGAAUUGUCUGAUUUAUGUACUCCACCGAAAACAGAAUCUUUAAUAGAAAUACGAAGAAAAACAAGCUUAGAUGAUUCAAGACAUACUACUCCCGAUAGAAGUUGGAGAAGUGAUCUUGAGAUCCGUGAUGAACAGUCCGUUAAUUUAGAGAAACAAAUAUUAAAAACAAAAUCUGCGUUGUGGGCAUUAGGACAUGUAGGAACGUCAGCAGCAGGAGUCGAACAAUUAAAUCAUUUAGGAAUUAUAGAAAUGAUUGCAUCUAUGGCGGAAACAUGUCCUUAUUAUUCGGUAAGAGCAACGGCCAUGUAUGCUUUAAGUCUUAUUGCUACGACCCGUGCAGGCACGGAUGCACUAACAACUUUCGAUUGGCCAAGUGUAAGACAUAGAAGAGGAGAUCACUGGUCGAUUAUUCGACCUACAGCUCGCUAUCCCGUACCAAGUCCUAUCCUUAUUCAAAGGCAUCAUCGGAGUCUUAGCGACGGUAAACCUGAAUUACCUGAACCGGUAGCUCGUCGAACUAGAAAUCGUUCCGAGAGUGCAGCUACAGAUUUGGAAGCAAGAAGGUAUAAUACAACUUUUUUUUUUUUUUUUUUUCAAUUUAUUUUGUAUAUUAAACUUCUUACAACUUGUAUCUUAUUUGUUAUCAGAGAGAGAGGAGAAACUCCGAGUCCGCUUUCAAGUAUACAAAGAUUAAGUCAACAAGAUGCAGAGGGAUAUGCGCGUCUUCGUAGUUUGCAACGUUAUCGUAGACCAAGUUAUUCUCAAAGUAGUUUAGAGAUGUACAGUUUAGACGGACGACUUUCACUGCAGAGCCUUUCAGAAUUCGAUUCAUCCCGCAGCUGGAUUGCGAAUAAUAUACUCACACCUACCCCACCGCCUCUUGAAAAUGAUAACGAUAAUCUAUUUUAUAUGGGUAUUUGCCUUCCUAGGAGACUCACGACUCUUUUUCCGGAUCCACCUCAACCAAUAGUUUCUAUUGUAGUUGAUGACAUGAGUAAACCUGAAAUAGGUCCUAAUGAAAUAGAUGAAGAAUCUGGAUCAGAAAGUGAUGCCGACACCGAACAUUGUCGAGUGUGCCUUGUCUGUUACCGUACGAAAAGUAGCACUAAGGUUGUCACUGGAGAAGCAGAUAUAAAACUGCGGAGGGAAAUCCUUAGGCAUACACAGCGACUUGCAAAUCCUGUCUGGUACAGACAUAGUAGACAAACUCUUCUUAGAUUAAGGCAAAGGUAUCCUGAAAAAUUCCAGGAUGCUUGUUUGUUCUCGGAUGUAGCUUCUCGAUUAGGAAGUAGUUCUUAUAGAAUACCAGCACGACGAUUCUUACAAGAAUUAUUUCUAGAUUCUUCGUUUGAUGCGCUUUAUACAGAACCAGUCACCAUAUUAAAAUUAUCUAUCGGUACAGAGGAAAAUCCUUUACAAUCAUGUGUUCCUAUUGCAUCUGAGGCUAGUCCUCAGAAGUCUCACAGUCCUUCAGAAAGUAAAGUGAAUGGAAGAGUUACUUUUUCUGAAAUACAAGCUGGACAAUUAGCUAUAGUAGCGGAAGAAGCGACAGGUGAAGCAUGUACAAUGAAUCAACGAGAUAAACUCCAAGAAAUUCUGCAAAUGUCCGAACGACGCAGUGACGAAAAAAUUAUAGCGGAAAUUUUAAAUCCCGAGGAAAGGAUACGUUUGUCGAAGAGUUCUGAUAGAUUACUAAAAAUAUCGAGUACCAACACUGCCAUCAGCCUUGAGUAGUCCUCGACUUUAAUCUCACACCUGUAUAUUUUGUAUUAAAGAUAAUAUUGAAAUAUAUAUAGAAAAUAAAUUACACUGCCAGAAGCCAGCAUCAAA